AUGUCUACGCAGCCGCUUUUACAACGUACUCAAAAUAAGAGGAUAGCUUUACCUGUACGCGUCGAGCCAAAGGUUUUCUUCGCAAAUGAAAGAACAUUCUUAAGUUGGCUACACUUUGCCGUCAUUCUCGGUGGAUUAGCUAUUGGGCUGUUGAACUUUGGUGAUCAGGUCGGUAAAAUAUCCGCAGGGAUGUUUAGUUUCGUAGCUAUGCUCAUUAUGGUUUAUGCUCUCGUCACUUAUCAUUGGAGAGCAUCUGCUAUAAGGAAGAGAGGCACCGGACCAUACGAUGAUAGAUUAGGACCAACAAUACUAUGCUUCUGCUUGUUGUCAGCAGUUAUGGUCAAUUUCUAUUUAAGGUUUGCGAGCGGUGAAGAUGACAUUUGA